AUGCUAUCAAGCCAUUUCAUCCAAUCUGGAUAUUCGUUCAUUGGACGAAGUCUUCUUGGGCGUCCCUCGUUGGCUAGGGACUCUUACAGCGAUAGUGCAUACAAACGCCUUUCACGAGAACUUGCUCUUGACAUGAUGAGGACAAUGUGCCCAAUAACCCCGAGACUGGGAGUCACAUGCUGCCGGAUGAUGACCUUAAAUAGCAGGGGAAACUGA